CAUUAUUUUGGCUUUGGCGGUCCAUCGCAUUGCUUGUUAAGCACGCACGUUGCUAAUUUUGCUAUAUAUUUUGAUCAAAAUAGCAAACAAAUCUAGACAAUGGCAGAAAAACUAGAAGAUUUGAACCUUCCGUUAACCGUAGUCACGCGUAUAGUGAAGGAAGCUUUGCCCGAAGGAGUUUCAAUCUCGAAAGAGGCCCGGACGGGGCUUGCAAAAGCUGCGUCAGUUUUCGUUCUAUACGUGACUUCUGCGGCGACAAACAUAGUGGAAAAAAAGAAGAAGAAGGCCCUAACUGGUCAGAUAGUGCUGGACGCUAUGAAAGAUAUAGAAUUCGACAGAUUUAUAGAACCGUUGACGGAAUCUUUGGAGCAAUACAAGCAAGUGAUGUCGGCGCGAAAAUCGGGCGGCAAGAAGAAAGACGAAGAAGAACCGGAAGUGAUUGAGGACGAUUGAUGCGAUUACGUUUGUGACUAUAUCUAAGUUAGUAAUAUAGUUUACUGUAGUACAAAAUCACAAAUUUUGGGUACUGAACUGCUCCUAUCUCCAUGAUAUAUCUGCCAUUUUUGGAAUGCUUUUUAGAACCCAGUACCGGAUUAAAGCUAAGAUACCUUACGUAAUUCUAUAUACAGGAGCCUAUUCUCUUCUUUGAGUCAUCCAUCGAAUUCAAUAAAAUCAUGAGAUUUUGGUGUACUCCUUAAGGUUAAUUCAAAAAGCUUUUUCUCAUGGAAAAAUUGUAAGUUAUUUUGUAAGAUAGUAGUUAUAAGUUUUUAUGUGAUGAAAUACAUGAUUCCUGUUUUUUAAA